AUGGCAAGAAAAUCCCAGAGUCCAACUCCUCCAAACUCAGGUAACAACGAUGACGCAAUAGAGGACUCUCGUCAGGAAUCUCCAAGAGGAAAUACUCCACCUAGGUCUCCUACUCCAACCAAAUCUCCUUCUCAUAAACAACCAACCCCACCUCCCUCACCGAAACCAAACGUUACAGUUUCAGUUGUUCUUACAUCAACCUCUGUUUCAACACCACCAGUUACUUCUGUUUCCAUUCCUACACCCACUUUCACCACUACAAUAUCAAAUGCACCACCUGUGUCUUCUACACCAGUUUCUUCUACACCUAUUUUGAUAAUACCUUUACCUCCUAUCAUUACCCAAACCCCCACCCCUACCAUUCCUGAACAGACAGUGGUCGUCAACGUAUCUGAUACGGGGGCAACUACUGACACUCAACCUCCUGUCAUCACUAAACCACUUUCCCCAACCAAGUCAACCGGUUCCGGUGCUACUCUAGGAAGAGACAAUGAUAAGUAUGACUCUACAUACUUUAGUCCCUAUCGGCUUCAACCUGAUGAAGACAAUGACGCCCCUGUCAACCGCCAACAGUUGCAGAGCAUUAAUGAAAAGCUGGAUCUGUUACUUGAAGACAACAAAGCUUAUGGUGGGGUAGUUCUUAAAGCUUUUGUGGAAACUGUCAUAGAACAAUAUGCAACAGCUAUGGACAAGUCAACUGAUGAAAUCAACGAAUCGGCUUCUACUUGUAGAAAAGCCUCUGCCAAUGUUACUGAAGUUGUUCAAACUACGCAGCUCUUUUUGGAUUCUCUUAAAGAGCACACUGAUACAAAUGUUGCCAAACUCCGUGAAUCCGUUGAAUCUCUUUCAACAUCUCUCCAGGAAGAACAACAGAAGUUUGUUGAUGUUCGUUCCUCCAUCCAAGCCGAAAAUACUUCCCUUAUAAGUUCAGUUUCCUCUCGGCUGGACUCAUUUCAUGCUGAUAUUGCCAAAGAGAGUGCUUUAAAAGAAGAAAUUGCUCGUUAA